AUGGCUUCUUCCGCUAGAGGCAUGCCUGACCUUGAAGGCGUACUCACCUCACGAGUGGUCACCUUCCGGAUCGGUCAAGACCGAAAGCCAUUCCAGAUCCACGAGAAGCUCAUAGCCUCUCGGUCCCCAAUAUUCGACCGCAUGUUGGCCAACAACAUGCGUGAGUCCCUCGAGGGAAUUGUUGAGAUUGACGACGUGAAGCCAGAAGUUUUCACAAGCUUCAUUAACUUCGCGUUCUACGGAAACUACGACGUGCCGACGUCGCACAAAUUUCAAAAGGCUGGAGAGUCUGACGCCGCCAAAUUGAUCCCAGGGGAGGCGUACGAUUCCCUAAUCGAACACGUCCAGAAUUCAGAUUCCCGACUACACGCAAAACUGCCAUACCUGCGGUAUUUGCUGUUGUUCGUCAACCAAGGCACACCCGGAAAAUUAUACGCUAUACCGCCCGGAUUGCCGUGGAACAAGGACGAGGAGCUCGAGGUCAACUUCGACCUCAUGGUCGCCAACCAACUGUUUGGAGAAAUCUGCAUGCACCACGUGCAGCUUUAUCUCUUCGCCGACCGGUACGACAUUGCUCAGCUGAGAGAAGUCUGCCUUCAUCGACUACAUAGCUCUUUGACGCGCGCAAGACUUGGCAACCCUGGAUACCAGCUGCUCUUUGGCGUCAUUGAGUUCGCGUUCGCCAAUACCAUGCCGGGAGACAAGAUUCGGAAGUUGCUUGUUCAGACAUGCGUCGCCGAUAUUAGCAUGGUUCGGGCAAUGCCCAGCUUCAAAGACCUACUCAGUGGCGUACCUGAGUUAGCUUUUGAUGUUAUGACUGAGCUUCCUAAAUAUUGGGAGCAAUCGGGAAAAGCGCUCGAUGAUGUCAACUCCAAGUUUCCAAGCAGCUCCUGA